CUACUUUCGCUUCGCUAUCUUCAUUUCUCCUCUUUCGGAUUGCUGGUCAAGGUGUAAGUGCUGUCGCGCUACCUCUAAGCCGAUUUUUGAUAUUACAUUCUUUCGCUAUUAUUUUUGCCACACACUCGUUCGUCGCCUACGACAGCCAAAUUUACUAUACGAGACGCCGGCCGUCAAUAACAUCUCGAAAGAACUAUUACACGUAUUGGGGGGGAUAGAAGGAGGAAGUACCUUUGUGUACUAAGAGACGGGAACACUAGCCGUGUAUUUCCACAACUAAAAUUCUAGGGAUAACAGUUUCGCGAUAAGUCAAGAUGGUGAACAAGGUGCUUGCGACCUUCGUGACCAUGGACGUAUUGUUCGUGGCCAUGGGGGCUAUCAUGUUGGGUUUCUCCGUCAUCGUCCAGCAAACGUGCUUCGAUACGCCGACGGAAGGAAACGAAGCAGCUCGAGAUUUGCUAUACCAGAGGUUUCCUUUUACAGCUGGGAUCGUCAACGCUGUCUUCAUUUUCGUUACCUUCUUAGUUACACUCCCAGCAUUAGCAACGAAUAGCAGGGGUUGGUUAAAGUUGGCUGUCUAUAUGAUCGUGGUCGAUGCCGUUUUCACUAUGGCCAUUGGUGUGGACUUAUGGAUCCUCACCUUGAAGAUGCAGGAAACAUUCCUCCAGAUUUGGCUUUCGCAAUCAUUUCAAGUGCAAGACCUCAUGCAGACGGCUUUCUCUUGCUGCGGCUUUACCAACAGCACUUCCCCUGCUUUCGUUACCGAUGCGACUUGCCCCAGUCCCGCCGCCGCCGCCCUUAUGCGAGGAUGUUCCACCCCUUUAACCUCGUUCGGAAACACAUUCGUGGAUAACAUUUUCACGGCUAUGUUCGGUAUGGUCGGUAUCGACGUCGUCCUAAUUAUGUCUAUCGCCUGUUUAUUGAAGGACCGAAAGGAGCGUGAACGGUACCGCGAUAUCGAUGAGAAGAGUGGUGCCCGAGGCACUUUCUAAACUAGCUGGCUUGGUUAAGAAACUUGCAAAACCGUGCCGGGAAGGAAGAACUUUCAGUUCUCUUAAUACGCUCCGAAUUUGGCGAAGCAGCUUGGA